CGUAACAGUCAAUCACCCGACAAUCCAACGGCUGCCCUGCGAUUGAAGAAUUCCUGUUAUUGCUUACAGACCGCGCGAUAAUUUAUACACUGCGCCAUUUACCACCUCCUGCUACAACCCGCGAGCGGCGUCGGCCCCUGGAGACGCGGUGACGCACUGCGUCCAUUGACAACAUGGCCGCCUCGCCAGAAGCAAAGCAGCUCAGCGAUGCUGUCCUUUCAUUUGCGCUACAGGGGAAAUUCCCUGAGGAUAUCCAAAUUCUACCCAGCGUUACGGGCUGUGACCUCCAGCCCUCGAUAGACUCUCUGGAGGACGCAAAGACUAAGCUAGAGUCGGAGAUACACGUCAUAAACGAAGAAACAAAAGAAGAUGUCAGCACCUGGGUACGAACGGCGAAAGCGCUACAAGAAGAUAUUAUCCGAUCCAAGGCUAUGGCCAACGAAAUCGUCCGACAAUCCGAAGCCCCCGAUACGUCUGGAGAAGCCAUUGAAACGGCCGAAACGAAAGUACAGUUCCUUAAUCGGGAAGUACAAUAUAGUCAACAGCUACACGAGGUUCUCCAUCGACUACAGCGGGCUACCAAUCUGUUGAACCAAGUUGAACAAGCUCGUGAUGAGCACAGAAUUCUUGAUUCGCUAAGGCUUUUAGAAGAAUCUUGGAACGCUCUCGAUAAUAUCGGUGUUGGAAAGUCUUGCCGGGCCGUUAGAUUGUUAGAUGUGCGCGCUUUCGAACUCAAGUCUUCAGUCCAUGACACAUUUGAACAAGUGUGGAAGUCUCUUGUUGAUGUCGAUGUUGAAAAGCACAUUGUUACCCUGAAUGAUACUAGCCUAAGUGGAAAUAUGAAACUUGCAGAUGCGGAAAUUGGAUUAAAAUCAUACAAAGAGAUGGAUGAACGCAUGGAACAACUAUGGAGAAACAUUGACGCUGCCAUUGUUGCACCGCGAAUGGCUCCCAAAGAAAAGUCUUUGGCGAAAAUCGAAGUCAAUGCCAACAGCUUAACGCUAGUCGGAUCAUCAGAGCACACUACGGAUGCACUGCUAACAGAUUUGGCAAAGGUUAUGAAGUUUUUGGCGCAGAAACUGCCACACGAUCUUCUCAAAGCCCUCAACAGUCAUAUGAUGACCGAUGUUAUCCCACGGUUAUUGCGAGACUGGCUGGAUGCCGAAGUUCCCACAUCUCUGACAAAUAUGGAUCAUUUCCAAACUCUCAUAACGAAUGCCAGGUCGUUCCGCGAUACAUUGGUUGAGUUGGAGUUUUCUGGCUUUGACGAGUUGACUGAAUGGGUUGAUAAAGCACCUAUGAUCUGGUUGGGGAAGUGUCGCGAUACUACACUCAAUACUGUCAGAGACAAGUUGAACCAAGGAAUUGGCAGCGCGCACCAGGUCGAAAAGAUUGAGAAGCAAAUGGUCUCUAUUGCUGAAGGCCGAGAGCUGGCCAACACUGGCGCAGGUGCUGCAGCAGAGUCUGGAGAUUGGAAUGAAGACUGGGGCGGAGAUGCGUGGAACGAAGACGAAACCACGGAGGCUGCGACGGCAGAAGUCGAAGUCCCAGAGGCAGAUGAUGGUGCCGAUGCUUGGGGCUGGGGAGAUGAUGAACCGGCUACGGAAUCGCAAGAAGCUGACCCGAGCAAACUAAACAAUGAUGACGAUGGCGCCGACGCUUGGGGGUGGGAUGAGGAAGAGUCGAGUACUGGACCUGCUACAGUGUCGAGUGAAAAGCCAGCGAAGAAAGCAGCGUCUAAAUCAACAGCGCCGAAGCAAGCAGCCCAAUCGAAGCCUUCGGCACAAACACGGGAGUUGAUUCUUCGAGAGACUUACAGUAUAUCCUCUAUGCCAGGGCGUGUUUUGGAACUGCUCAUUGCCGUUCUCAAUGACGGCGCUAAACUGACUACUGGGAAUGAGGAAUAUGCCUUGGUUGCUGGAACUGCCGCUGGCCUCUUCAGCAUGCCGACACUUGCUCUAGCCCUCUUUAGAGGCAUUUCACCACACUAUUAUUCUCUCACAGACGGUGGUAAUAUGCUUUUGUAUAAUGACGCCAUGUAUCUGGCGGAGCAACUUGAAGAGUUCGCAACGAAGUGGAGGGAACGAGAUGACCUUCCGGCCCGCGCAAAGACGAUGGUUCGACUCGAUAUUGACAUCAAGACUCUACAAAACUUUGCCAACCGCAGCUACGGUGCAGAAAUGGCUACACAGAAGACUGUCCUGCAAGAUCUCCUUGGUAGCUCUCAGAGCAUCAUGCAGCAAGAUGAUCUGGAAGGGGCCAUUGAAGCUGGAACGUUGCGAAUUGAGACUGUGGCCGCUACUUGGGAACCAAUUCUGGCUCGAUCGGUAUGGUCACAAGCUAUUGGUUCACUAACAGACAGUCUGGCAAGACGCAUUAUUGACGAUGUGUUGGAACUGCCAGCAAUUGGCCAAGAUGAAGCAUACAAUAUCGCUAGUGCUAUCUCCUCAGCAACUAAGCUCGACUCUUUGUUUCUGCCGAGUAAACUAGCUGGGACUGAACCGGUAGAGGAUGAAGUUGCCGUGACGGCGCAUUAUUCGCCCAACUGGUUGCGACUUCAGUACCUCAGCGAGGUUUUACAAAGCAACCUGAACGAUGUCCGUUUCUUAUGGUGUGACAGAGAACUGAGUCUGUAUUUCACAACAGAGGAGAUGGUGGAUUUGGUUAAUGCCAGCUUCGAAGACAACCCGAAGACGAGGGAAACAAUACGUGAAAUUCGCGCCAAACAGCCCUUGUCAGCGCCUCUAUAAAAGCGCGUUGGCGAAUAUCAUGUAGAAAGUUAGCUUAGAUAUGUGCAAUGAGUCUUGAAUUAUAAACCCUAGACCAAUAGAUGCGAGGUGUCUCUUCU